CCAGCAGGGCCGGGGGGUGGGUGGGGGGGGGACGCGGUCCCCGCGGUCGGUCAGUCUGUCUUUGGGGCACAGGAUCGCGUGGAAAGCUGCUGCAGGCUCCGAGGCGCCGCCUCCGUCGCCCAGAGUCCGGUUCCGUGCCGCCGCUGCCCAGUGAGCUCCUUCCGCCGCCGCCACCGUGCCCUGGACCGCUCGGCUGCCCCCUCCCGCCCCUCGGAACCCCGGCACGGAACCAGGAGGUGGGCAGCCUUGCCCGCCACGGACCGCCUGAGCAGAGUCGCCGAUGUGGAGCCCCGGGCGCUCGCUCCUCCAAAGCCCCGCGCCCGCGGUGCCCUAACUCCUCUUCGCCUUCGCCCUGGAGAGGCGGGGAAAAGAGGGAGAUUAACCCGAAGAGAGGAAGAAGGGGGUGAAAAAGGGAAAGCCAACGUCUCUCCGGAGGCAGUUGCCCAUUGCCCCCUCAACCAACGGCGCGGCAGAAAGUUAGGGGCCGACUUUCACUCAUUUUGCUCCCCAUUUUUGCCAGACCCUAAAAUGAAAGGACAAAAUUUGGCUCCGACUCUUGCAGCUCUGAUGGCGACUUGUGCGUUUUCAGCGGCAUCUCCUGGAGAAAAAGCCAUGCGCGCCUGAUUGUUCUGUGGCCCCAAAGCUGCAGUGGGUGUGUGUGUUUGGGUGUGUGUCUCUGUGUGUACACAGACGUCCGCACACUAACUCUCGGCUGCAGGAUCAGCCCCUGGAAGCAGACGUUUCGGCCACAAACCGGGAGAGGAGGAGCUGGAGAACAGGAGGCGUGAGCCGCCAGAAGUUUGCAGAAUCCUUGGUGUGAAUGAACUGGGGGCACCUGGGCGCAAGGAUCGCCCCCCCUUCCCCCGCCUCAGGCCAGAAAGUCGAUUGGAAUAUUAAGCCCAGGAGUGGCUUUGAGGACGGCUGGAAGUGCAAUGUCUUCCAAGUUCUUCCUAAUGGCUCUGGCCAUAUUUUUCUCCUUCGCCCAGGUUGUAAUAGAAGCCAAUUCUUGGUGGUCGCUAGGUAUGAAUAACCCUGUUCAGAUGUCAGAAGUAUAUAUCAUAGGAGCACAGCCUCUCUGCAGCCAGCUGGCAGGACUUUCUCAAGGACAGAAGAAACUCUGCCACUUGUAUCAGGACCACAUGCAGUACAUUGGAGAAGGCGCGAAGACAGGCAUCAAAGAAUGCCAGUAUCAGUUCCGACAUCGAAGAUGGAACUGCAGCACUGUGGAUAACACCUCUGUCUUUGGCAGGGUUAUGCAGAUAGGCAGCCGCGAGACGGCCUUCACGUACGCGGUGAGCGCCGCGGGGGUGGUGAACGCCAUGAGCCGGGCGUGUCGCGAGGGCGAGCUGUCCACCUGCGGCUGCAGCCGCGCCGCGCGCCCCAAGGACCUGCCGCGAGACUGGUUGUGGGGCGGCUGCGGCGACAACAUCGACUACGGCUACCGCUUCGCCAAGGAGUUCGUGGACGCGCGCGAGCGGGAGCGCAUCCACGCCAAGGGCUCGUACGAGAGCGCGCGCAUCCUCAUGAACCUGCACAACAACGAGGCGGGCCGAAGGACGGUGUACAACCUGGCCGACGUGGCCUGCAAGUGCCAUGGGGUGUCUGGCUCGUGUAGCCUCAAGACGUGCUGGCUGCAGUUGGCGGACUUCCGCAAGGUGGGCGACGCGCUGAAGGAGAAGUACGACAGCGCCGCGGCCAUGCGGCUCAACAGCCGGGGCAAGUUGGUGCAGGUCAACAGUCGCUUCAACUCGCCCACCACGCAGGACCUGGUCUACAUCGACCCCAGCCCCGACUACUGCGUGCGCAACGAGAGCACGGGCUCCCUGGGCACGCAGGGCCGCCUGUGCAACAAGACGUCGGAGGGCAUGGACGGCUGCGAGCUCAUGUGCUGCGGCCGCGGCUACGACCAGUUCAAAACCGUGCAGACCGAGCGCUGCCACUGCAAGUUCCACUGGUGCUGCUACGUCAAGUGCAAGAAGUGCACGGAGAUCGUGGACCAGUUUGUGUGCAAAUAGUGGACGCCUGCCCCUCCCCAGCCCCACUCCCAGGACCCACUUAUUUAUAGAAAGUACAGUGAUUCUGGUUCUUUUUUUUUUUUUCUUUUUUAAAAAAUAUUUUUUAUUUUUCCCCAAGAAUUGCAACCAGAACCAUAUUUUUUUCUGUUACCAUCUAAGAACUCUGUGGUUUAUUAUUAAUAUUAUAAUUAUUAUUUGGCAAUAAUGGGGGGUGGGAACCAAGAAAAUAUUUAUUUUGUGGAUCUUUGAAAAGGUAAUACAAGACUUUUUCUGCUAACAUAGGAUGAGGGGAAUACAACACACACCCCAACUUAGCUGUGUGGAGGUAGUAGACAUCCAGAAAGUAAAGGAAAUAUAUUUUUUUUCUUCUCAAAUAUGGGAUGGGUAGGAUCCGUUGGAAGAGGAUGGUGGAGAGCUGUGCAAGAUUCUGCUUCUAUGACCAAAAAUGAGCUAUAAAUGCUCUAGUGCAAAAUAAAAGGUAACUGAGGCACCACCCCUCCGGCCAUUUCCCAGGGGCUGCCAGACUGCCUUUAUAUUUUCAAAAUGAUAAAAUAUACAAGCAGGAAUCUUGAUAUUCAAAGUAAAAAGGUAUAUCAUAUGUCUUAUUCUUCUCAAAUGUUCCAUCUACAGAUGGUCUUAUUCUAAUAGCUGGUGUAACUUGGGUAGCAGAGAGGAAAGUCCCCAGAAAUUAAAAUAUCCGAAAGCUUCUAAAUGGAGGCCAUGAUUUGAAGGUGCUAUCCCCCAAGUGAUUCUGGCUACUAUUUUGAUCCAAAUGAUUCUAGAUAAUAUUUUGUUUGGGGAGAGAGCAUUGACUUGAAUAUAAAGAAAAAAAAUCUUGUAAUUUUCUUAGGGAUACUUGGUUCAUAAAUACUACUAAUGAAAAUAAUGCAUGAAUUCCAUUCAUAGAUCCUCAGGCCAAACAGCAAGAUGAUUGCAGGCAGUUCCACACUGCACCAGAACAGAAAACCCAUUUGAGGAAAAAAAGUGAAAUCCACCUUCCCACUUGACCCCUAGCCCUCUCUGGUCCCUCUGUGCCGUGAUGUGAUGCUGGCCACGCUUCCAAACGGCAGCUCCGCUGGGUCCCCUUUGAUUAUAGGACAGGAAAUGAAAUAUGAGAAGUUCCACUUGGAAAACAGUGUGCUACUUAGGGACUUUUUUUUUCCCUCAAACUUUUAUUUUGAAGUGCAGUAACUUCAUAUGUUUUGAUGACAUUACUCGGAGUCCACAGAGGUGUCCCAGUGAUUUGCUGUUAUAAUCCUGUGUUUAGACUAUCCACUCGUGCUUUUCCUAUUAUACUGCAGGUGUACCCCAAAACUGUUCCUAAUAUACUUGAACAGUUGCAUUUAUAAGGGGGGGAUGUGGUUUAAUGGUGCCUGAUAUCUCAAAGUCUUUUGUACAUAACAUAUAUAUAUAUAUAUACAUAUAUAAAUAUAAAUAUAAUUAUAUCUUGGUGCAGCCAGUGAUCUAGAUUUAUUGUUUACUCGGGGCUUAUUUCUCUGUCGGGAGCAUUGUCGUCCUUCACUGCAAUCCAGUUGGGAUUUUUCCAAAAUUUUUUUUUUUCUUUUGAGUCUUGAGCUUGGCCUGUGGCCCUACCGAGCACCAGGAAGCAAGCUGGUUUCUGAGGAAGCUUGACAGUCUGACUGGCUGAAGUGCAUGUUGAUUUGGAGAUUGCUUUCCUCUUUCCUGUCCAACUCCUUUUCUCCAGCUUCCUUUUUUUGCAAACUCUGUGGAGAGGGCAUUAUUUGUUCAUCACAGACAUGGAUGGUAAGAGAUCCAACCCAGAAGCAUUAUCAUCUCUUCUCACUUUGCUUAGCUUGCUCUGCAGAGCAGAAACUGGUGUCUGUGAGACUUGGUGGCACUUACUACAAUCCCUAAGGAAAACCCGGUCCACUAUACAGAUAGCUAGUUAAAAAAAAAAAUUUUUUUUUAAAUAAGGAUACCUCUUUUCCCAAAGUGCCAUCAAGUGUGUUCCUAUCUCAGACUCACAUGCUUUUAAAGGUUUGGAAAGAUGCACAUCACCCCUACCCUCCAUAGGCUUGGUGACCUGCACGUCACCUCAGCCAGCUAUGGCUCUUAAUUUAUUGCACAAGGAUAUUCACUUCCCCUCAGUUGCAGUGAAUUGAAAGAAAAGAUCUUGAAAUUAAAAAAGCACUAAUGAGUUUAAAAUGUCACUUUUUUGGUUUUUAUUCUUCAAAAACCAUGAAGUACUUUUUUUUUUAUUUGCUAAAUCAGAUUGUGUUCCUUUUUAGUGAUUCACGUUUAUGAACAGAGUUGAGUUUAACAAUCCUAGCUUUAAAAGAAACUAUUUAAUGUAAGAUAUUCUACAUGUCAUUCAGAUAUUAUGUAUAUCUUCUAUGGCCUUUAUUCUGUACUUUUAAUGUACAUAUUUCCAUCUUGUGUGAUUUGUAUAUUUCACUGGUCUAAAAAAAACAUUGAAAGGCUUAUGCCAAUGGAAGAUAGAAUAAAUAAAAUAUUCCUUGUAUAUUGGUAAGUGGUUUCAGUGGUCCUUCAGAUAAUUCAUGUGGAGGUUUUUGGAGAAGUCAUGAGGGAUAGCUUAGGAUGACUACAUGUUAAAAUAAUGGAAGAGGGGAGAGUUUUUACCAAAACCAAACUAUUUGGAAGCUUCAAAAGAGUUCUAUAUGUAACAGAACAAAAGGGAAUUCUCUUUUCCUAUAUGUGUUUCUCAAAAAAAAAAAAAAAAGCAAGCAAGCAGAUGGCUUAAAGCUGGUUAUAGGAUUGCUCACAUUCUUUUAGCAUGAUGCAUAUAACUUAAUUGUUUUAGAGCGUGUUGCUGUUGUAACAUCCCAGAGAAGAACCAAAAAGGCAUAUGCCUUUAUCCAUGACCAGCUUUUUAGUCUUAAAAAAAAAAAAAAAAAAAAAAAAAACA